AUGGAUAAUUCAUCAAUCCUAUGCUUCUUCGUCGUACUUCUCAUUUCGUUUUCAAAUGCUCAAAGAGAAGUUGAGGAUGAGAGUGAAUUCAGCUACGAGAGGAACAAAGAGAACGGGCCACAUAAAUGGGGGAACCUGAAACCAGAAUGGAAAAUGUGUGGAAAAGGAGAGAUGCAAUCUCCGAUCGAUCUUAUGGACGAAAGAGUUAGAGUUGUUUCUCAUCUUGGAAGGCUUACUAGAAACUACAAACCUUCCAAUGCCACUCUCAAAAAUAGAGGCCAUGACAUGAUGCUAAGAUUUAAAGAAGGACCAGGAAGUAUUAAGAUCAACGGUACUGAAUAUCAACUCCUACAGCUGCAUUGGCAUUCUCCCUCUGAACACACGAUCAACGGAAAAAGGUUUGCUCUGGAGCUGCAUAUGGUUCACGAAAGCAUUACCGGAAGAAUGGCUGUAGUCACAGUGCUCUACAAUAUCGGAAGGCCCGACUCCUUUCUUAGUUUGUUGGAAAGUAAAUUGUUGGUGAUUACAGAUCAAAAUGAAGCGGAGAAAAAUAUAGGAAUGAUUGAUCCAAAGAAGAUUGAGAUUGGGAGCAGAGAAUAUUAUAGAUAUAUUGGAUCACUUACCACUCCUCCUUGUACGCAAAAUGUUACUUGGACCAUCGUUAAAAAGGUAAGGACUGUGACGAAAAACCAAGUGAGCCUACUUCGAGUGGCUGUUCACGAUGAUUCAAAUACAAAUGCGAGGCCUAUUCAACCUACAAAUAAGCGCAUGGUGAAAUUAUACAGACCAAAAUCUUCCUGA